UGCGACAUGUCUUCCUAGUAUACAACAGUGUCUCGAUAGGUAUGCAACAGCAACCACGAAAUGGCUGUCCCGUCAGCCGCUAACAGCCUUGUCCCGGUCACAGUACAAUUGUACAGUAAGGCUUUGGCCGGGCGGCGCUGGCUGGCCUGGGCCAGGACUAAUCGGGGGGGAUAUGGACGCGCACGGGCCAAUCAUACUACAGUUUGGUCAAACCGCCCUACAAGGUGCAAAGCCAUCUGGAGAAAAACAACAUCAUCCCAUCUAACCCAAAGUCGACAUCAACUGCAUAUCGCCGUCUUCCAAAUUACCGGCGAUCUAUCGACAUAAUGGCCGCGACCACGAACGGCGACCCUUCCGCAGCGGCCGCUUCACUUGACAAUAUCAAGCCGCCGCCUGGAGUUAUCAUCCCGCCACCAGGCGAGAUUCGCGAGGCGAUCGAGAAAACGGCCGGAUAUGUUAUGCGUGGUGGACUAGGACUCGAACAGCGCAUUCGCGAGAACCAUGGCAAGAAUCCGAAAUUCAGCUUCUUGAUGACCUCGAGCGAUCCGUACAAUGCGUACUACGAAUGGCGAAAAUCAGAAAUCAAGGCCGGACGCGGCACCGCCAUUGCCGCUGGUCGCGUCGGCGAGGCUGCCCCAGCCCCAGCCAAGGAAGAGCCAAAGGGCCCUCCCAAGCCGCCUGACUUCCAGUUCUCAGCGCGUAUGCCUCGUAUGAGCCAAAAAGACCUGGAAAUUGUGCGAGUAACAGCCCUGUUCAUCGCAAAGAAUGGCCGCCCAUUCAUGACACAGCUCUCUCAGCGUGAGGCCAGCAACCCGCAGUUCCAGUUCCUGAUACCCAACCACACCUUCCACAACUUCUUCCAGAGCAUGGUCGAUCAGUAUUCCAUCCUCUUGCGCGAAAGCGAUAGCAACGGAACAGGCAACCAGGCACUACAAGAACGUAUUGCCGAAGUUAAGCGGAACAUUGACGAUAAGUACCACGUGCUGGCGCGUGCGAAACAGAGGGCCGAGUAUGCGAUUUGGCAGGACGCUGAAAAGGCAAAGAAGGAAGAGGAGGAAGAAAAGAAGAAGAUUGAGUUCGCUCGUAUCGAUUGGAAUGACUUUGUCGUCGUCGAGACCAUUGUCUUUUCGGAAUCCGACGACCAGGCUAACUUGCCGCCUCCCACAACGCUCAACGACCUCCAGUAUGCUUCGCUAGAAGAGAAAAACAAAAUAUCGAUUAGCUCCAAUCUCCGGAUCGAAGAGGCCUUCCCAUUCGAAGACACCAGCUAUAACGCCUACCCCCCGCAACAGUACGGAGUCCAAGCGGCACCUUCUCAGCCAGCCCAGCAACAGCAAUACCAAUCCCCGAAUACUCCCAAUGCCCCGCAGGCAUACGGCACCCCUCUCCCCGUUGGAAGCCACCCAAGACCAGAAGAGGAGGAAGCGGCGCAGAGAGUUCGGGCGGAACAGGAGGCUAGGACACGGGUGCAGCCAACCGGUGGACUGGCGCCGAUGAAGAUCAAGGAUAACUAUGUUCCUCGGGCAGCGCAGCGCGCGGCCAACAAGUUUGGUUCACAAAUGGCUUUGUGCCCUAACUGCAAACAGCAAAUUCCACUUAACGAACUGGAUGAGCAUAUGAGAAUUGAACUCCUUGAUCCACGGUGGAAGGAACAGAAGGCCAAGGCGGACGCGAGAUUUGCUACAACUAACCUCUCUACUGUGGAUGUUGCCAACAACCUCAAGCGACUGGCUAGCGCACGUACCGAUGUUUUCGAUGCAGUAACUGGUCAGCCCAUAUCCGAGGAAGAGCAAGCUCGAAGGAAAAAGGUGGCCAUGCAUAGCUACGACGGAAAUCCCGAGGGCAGGAGCCAGGCACACAUCAACCAGUUGCAGACCUUCAAUCUCGACGAGCAGAUCAAGGCCAUCCACCAAAAGUUUGCCGACAAGAAGUGAAGUGCCUCACCGAUUGAACGUUCCCUAGAUCGUCUUGUCGAGCGGUUGACGGUUGAACCCCAUUGGGCAUUUUACUUCAAACUAAGGCGUGCCGAGGAAUUCCUGCUGGAUGAGAAGAUGGGCGUUUCCUAGCGGACCAAAC